AUGUACUCGCUAGGGGUCGAGGCAAGGUCAGAAUCGAGCUUAGGCAGUGCCUCCGACAGCAGUGCUUCAGUGUCGUCUCGAAGCACCGACAGUCUGGCAUGUAGUAGAAUCACGGCUCGGGCAGGGCGCGAUGCCCGGGACACCAAAAGAGUGUUGCAAACGAUAAAGCAAGUCAAAGACGGGGAGUACAGGGUCAAGAAAGGUAGUCCAGGCGGGAAGUACUUGAUUCAUCGACAACUUCACCCUUCAGGCUACAAAUUACUACGGGAAGUAGAACUACAGAAGCCCGAGAACAGCGAGCUGUUGGAAUACUUCAAUGGGGAUGAAAUUCGAUACGACUACACGCGUCGCCCAUACAAGGGUGACAAGCAGUUAGUAAUCCAUCUGCCUUCAGGUUUCCAUGAGAUAAUGGCUGGCCGUUUUAGCGAUAUGAUUGUUGGAUGGCUCGCUUGUAUCGCAAAUGGUUCACUUUGCCGAGUCGACCGUAGCAAAGAAUCGACAAUGGAAAUUGCAAUCAACUCAAGUCUAGCGAAGACGGUAAAGCCUAUCGAGCCUCGAGGUGACCGACUCGAGCCCGGCCUCUCUUUCAGACACCAGGGUUGCAGAGUGGCCGAUAUGGUGGUUGAGGUGGCAUGGUCUCAGAACAAGCUAAACUUACCGGACAGGGCUAGGCGGUACAUUGAAGGGACGGGAGGCGCCAUCCACACGGUCAUAGGGUUAAGCAUGAAUGACAUUUAUCGUGGUGGACGCCGUGCAACAGUCUCAGUCUGGAGAGCUGAGCAGGAGGGCGAGCGGUGGAAACGAUCUACGGUAGUAGACAAUAUGGAAUUCAUCGAUGAAAACGGCCAGGCUGUCGAUGGAUGCGUGCUGUCCCUCUCUCUCAGAGAUUUCAUAUGUUCUAAGAGAGCAAGUAAAUUAGGGGACAUUGAGGACGUACCACUCAAUAUCACUUCCACAACACUCUACGAGUACUACCAGCACGCUUUCAACACGCAUAUAGCCGACGAGGCAGCAGAGAAGAUUGGAACAUUACAGAAGCAAGCUAAUAGUGCGUUGGAAAAGAUCCGAGUUAUAGAUGGAAUUAUCAGGGAUCAAGGAACGAGAGACGGCCCCAAUCGCAUACGAAUGGGAAAGAAACAUGUAAUCGACAUAAAGGCGAAGAUGAAAGAGUUAAACGGCGAGUCCGCCAACAUCACUAGUUUGAUGAAGGAUAUAGAAGAAACGAUGGACAAGGCAGGGGAUCAGGCAGAAGUGAUGGAGGAAGUAGAAGAGGAUAGACUCAAGGCAGCGAGCAAGGUGGCCGAAGUAGAAACGGGGCUUGGCAGGUUGACGGCUGAAGAAGGGAACUUGGGUUGA